AUUACAAUGCGCGCGCCAAUGUCUUCAGGGCGCGUAGCUUUUUCGCACUGUGUGGCCCUGAUGAAGAGCAAGAGCCACCUCCUCGUCCCCUUUCUUGCUACUCCUGUAUUGCGCAGCAACCAGUCUCGGACUAGAGCUGUUGCUAGCAUGCUCCUCAGAUCAAUGAGAUCCAUGAACUAGGUCACAGAACACCAGUAGGUGUAGGAUGUAAAUACAGGGGUCACACUAGUAGGAUCACAGGGAUCACACAGACAGGUGCGAUCACACUAGUAGUCGCUUGAACCACGGAGGAGAGCUUGCUGCAUUUGCUGGGUUUUGGAAAAUGUCUGCUCAGGAC